UUAUCGACAGCCAGCAAAAGCAAACGAAAGGGGAAGAAGCAUGAGCGGCAGUCAAGAGAAGCUAAAACCAUCAAGCUCCGAAUUGGAUUUGGAUCGACCCAAUAUCGAAGAUUAUCUCCCUUCUGGCGCCUCCAUUCAAGAACCCCAUGGCAAGCUUCGCCUAAGCGAUGUGCUUGACAUUUCUCCCAUCUUAACUGAAGCUGCUGGUGCAAUUGUUGAUGAUUCAUUCACGCGGUGUUUUAAGUCGAAUCCUCCGGAGCCGUGGAACUGGAAUGUGUAUUUGUUUCCUCUCUGGUGUUUCGGUGUGGUAUUUCGGUACUUGAUUUUGUUCCCUGCAAGGGCUAUAGUUUUGACAAUAGGAUGGAUAAUAUUUCUGUCGUGCUUCAUUCCUGUUCACUUUCUUCUCGAAGGGAACGAUGCCUUGCGGAAAAAGUUGGAGAGGGUUUUGGUGGAGCUAAUCUGCAGCUUCUUUGUUGCUUCCUGGACUGGAGUGGUCAAGUACCAUGGACCACGGCCUAGCAUGCGGCCCAAGCAGGUGUUUGUGGCCAAUCAUACUUCUAUGAUUGAUUUCAUCAUAUUAGAACAGAUGACUGCAUUUGCUGUCAUUAUGCAGAAGCACCCUGGAUGGGUUGGGCUGCUACAGAGCACUAUUUUAGAGAGUGUAGGGUGUAUUUGGUUUAACCGUUCAGAGGCCAAAGAUCGUGAAAUUGUAGCUAAGAAGUUAAGGGAUCAUAGUCAGGGGGCUGACAACAACCCUCUUCUCAUAUUUCCUGAAGGGACGUGUGUAAACAAUCAAUACAGUGUUAUGUUCAAGAAGGGUGCGUUCGAACUUGGUUGCACAGUUUGCCCGAUUGCAAUAAAGUACAAUAAAAUUUUUGUUGAUGCCUUUUGGAAUAGCCGGAAGCAGUCCUUCACAAUACAUUUGUUGCAGCUUAUGACAUCCUGGGCUGUUGUUUGCGAUGUUUGGUACCUAGAGCCCCAAAAUCUAAGGCCCGGAGAAACGCCCAUUGAGUUUGCGGAGAGGGUCCGAGACAUAAUAUCUGUUCGAGCAGGUCUCAAAAAGGUUCCAUGGGAUGGAUAUCUGAAGUAUUCUCUCCCAAGCCCCAAGCAUAGAGAGCGGAAACAACAAAGCUUUGCUGAAUCUGUUCUUCGGCGACUGGAAGAGAAGUGAUUAUCAUAAUGUACAUUUUGUUCGGUUAAUGUAUGGAUUGCUCAUUUGAUCUUUGGUCCAGGUUGUUGAUAGGUCAAAGAUAUUACUGUCUCCUUGUUAGUGUAAGCAUGAAGAAUGUAACAUUGGAAUAAGAUAAAUAUGAGUUUAAACGCUUUCGAACC